AUGGCCGCUGACCUGGCAGCUGCUGCAAUUUCGCGCGCAGAUCUGACGGCGCUAGUGACUGUGCUCGAUCGCGAUCGAUCAGGCCCACGACGCGCUCACCACCACCCACCACGCAUUCCUGCGAAACCGGCGGCGGCUGGCGAGCAGCUCCUGGUUCUGAGGCAGCCGGCCCUGACACCUGCACCUCGCUCGCGCAACCGGCGCCGGCGCUGCAUGCACCGCAACGAGGGCAGCGAGGGGCGCGUCUCAGGCUUCACGAGCGCCACAGCUGUUGCACUGAGGACGGGCGUCUGCGGCCCUGCCCUGGUGGGACCAGAGCCAGCGGCCCAAGCAGACUCCGCAGUGCAACCGGAGGAGGCACCGACGAAGCCACCUGGCAGGCCACCAUUGUGCCAGUGUGCCAGUGCUCGCGAUUUGCUGGCGGCACAGGGUUCAAACAGGGCACGGCGGAGCUGCUCCGUCACAUCAGGGUACAAGGGGGUAACCUGA